AUGACUGAAGGCGCUAUCAAGAUGAAACCCAAGGGAUCGAGUUGGGCCAAUUUCCCCCGCCAAGUUGGAGCAGCCUUGACAGCAGGCGGAGUGUUCGGUGUGAAGAAGACGAGGCAUGCUAGCGAUACACCACCAACAGGCACGUUGAUCCAGAAGCACCCGCGCCAGAUCUUAAGAAUUAGUCAGGCAAUGAAGAGAGUGGACCUAUCUGCAAUGCAUCAUGGUGUCGUUGGUGGCAGCUUGGCUUGCCUCGGGGAGCGCUCCCCGAACUCUUCGCUCGGUCGCUUGCCCGAGCCCCGUCGCAAAACACAUCCACGAAUUGUCGGGAUGAGCGGCCAGGCUUGCGAGCCGUGUUCGAGACGGAAAGUGCGAUGCGACAAACAACGGCCAUGCUCAAAUUGCAAGCGAAGGAAGCAAGACCAAUGCACCUACCCUGAGACACAACCCAUCGAUCGCAUCAAGAAACUUGAAUCACUUGUCAGAAACCUCGGUGGAGACCCGAACGACGAGAACAGUCGCCCUCCUAAAAGAGCGAGGACAGUUCCUGCACCCAACCCUGCUCGACAGCAGGAUGUUGAAGAUGCUCGCGACACGGCCACCGAGGUUGAGCGCGGGCAACCUAUCAUGCUGGAACAAGACGGACAAUCAUAUUACGUCGAAUUACGUGCCUGGCAUUCCGAUCUUGGCCAGAACAAUAAUCUCCAGACUGAACACAAUCACGAUAUGCUGAUGAGUAGACCGCUCAUCUCUAGAACAAAGCCUGAUGCCCUAAAAGGCCUCAUGCGUACAGAUUCUACCAUAAGCCUCUCAGCGCAACACCCCUCUAUCCAGGAUGCCAACUUUCUUUGGGACAAGUUCGAACGCAAUUCAAAUCCUUUGAUGAAGAUCGAUUUUGAUUGGGCUCUUGAGCAAAUGCGGACUAAGUCGACUUCGGUUGACGGGAGAAUGCAACUCAAGGAUGAGGAUCAUGCGUUUGUGUUCUGCCUCUAUCUGAUGAGUAUCGUCACAAUACCAGAUCAAGAGUGUGUAGGAGUCCUGCAUCAACCCAAACAAGUUCUGCUCUCGCACUAUCAGACAAUCUGCGAGCAAGCAUUGUCGCGUAGCAACAUCUUUNGCAUCACGGAUGUCAUCGUCAUUAGAGCUAUUCUCUUAUAUAUAGCUGCCUCUAUUGAGAGAUUGAGUAUACAGAGCUUGUUCUCACUCAUAGGUCUCACGAUUCGCAAUGCUGAGAAACUAGGCAUACAUCGUGAUGGUGCUCUUCUUGGUCUAAGUCCAACAGAAACCGAGAGCCGUCGUCGCUUGUGGUGGUACCUACAGCACCUGGAUCUCGCCCUUGGUGUUCGAUGUGGAACUACACCGCUCACACUGAUGGCCGACUGGGACGCUUUAGUCCCACUCAACAUCGAGGACGAUGAUCUUACGCCGGACAUGACAGAAGCUCCACCAGAGCGUAAAGGUCUGACAAGUCUAUCAUACUGUCUGUGGACAUACUGGAUUGUAUCACAACAACGAGAAUUCUUCAGGGACAACAAGGGAAAGCUCGGCAUCUCGUGGGCAUCUAAUAAGAAUCUAGCGCAUUCUCAAAAGAACGCCCUCCUGGAAAUCAUGGAAGAUGGUCUCAACCAGAGAUUUCUCCAGUAUUGCGAUCCGAUAAAGCCGCUCGAUAUCAUCAUACAACUCACGUCUAGGGCGCUGAUAUGUACUAUGCGCAUGUUCACCUUACAUCCGAUUGCAUUCAGCGGUGGUGCAGACAUGACUGAAGAGGAACGACACUCUCAGCUUAUCGACGCUAUAAUCAGGUCGCUCGAGUACAACAUCGCCUUGAACUCUCGUCCAGAGUUACAGCGUUUUCAAUGGUAUAUCAGUGGUUAUUUCCAGUGGCAUGCANUUGUGAUAGUGGAGGUCACGCAACUCAAAGGCUCACCUAAAGCUCAGCGCAUCUGGGAUCUGCUCUCAAAUCUGUACACCUACAACAAGAAUCUUCUUGAGCUUUCAGAGGAUAGAAGAAAGCUCCAUGCAGCAGAGCUCAUCACCAACGCUUGGAAGGCUCAUCGGAUGGCUGAUCCUUCUGCGUCCACGCCCGUGUGUAUCUCGAUAUUAGAGCCUCUUCUCUCGGAAUAUCGUUCAGAUGCGACACAGGUCCAACCUGAGACUGUUGGACAACCGCUUGACCCAGUCAUGACUGAUGAGGAUCUCAACGAAAUUCUCGGUCUCGAGUUCCAGGACAUAGACUGGGGUUUCUGGGCGGGCAUGGAAUAA